CCUCUGAAAAGCAGCCCCAUAGUGUCGCUCUAAAUUGUUGCAGGGAAAUAAAUGGAUGAUUUCACCGGCAGGGGGCGCCCUGAGCUCGUGUCGACAUGGGCGUUGAGCCUCUUCUCCUCCCUGUUUUCCAGCGAUGCUGCAGACAGUAUCCUCUGUAUCUUGGCUCCACCUGGAUGUGUCCGUCCCGCGUCUUCUUCUUGUCGUCUGCACUACCAGGUUCGUCUCCAGCAGAUUACCUGAAACUGAACGGUAAGGACGACCAUUUUACAGCGGGGACGGUGUGUGUUUUCUGUCUCGGUCCACAUCAGCCUCAGCGGCAGAGAUCCUCUGGAUUUAUUGACUCUACCGCAUCUGCUGGAGAGACUGCGGAUGAUCCUGUGGUUAGAGGUGGUUGGAUUAACGGUUUUAUUUUUAAGUCACCAGUUUAUCAUGUCCGUUAAUUCAAAUUGUCUUCUAGCUGUUAUAUACAGUCAAGCAGAAAAAAAGACCGCGCCAUAGGAUAAGGAUCCCCGAUGUCGCUGAGACCCAUCUUUAAAAUUAGAAAUGAUAUUCAACACUGGCAUUCUGGAUUAAAAUGUGAAAAUCACUUCUAGGCUCCUCCUGUGAUACUAAGAUUUGAUGGGUAGACAGACUUUUUUUGUGACUGAUGCCAUGGAUGAUUGAUUUUUUGCUCUUGAGGGCAAAGUCAGAGCUGUUUCCAAAAUGUGUGAGCGAGGCAAGCCCUUCGGUGAGAGGGAGCUAAGGAAUAACAACCAGCAGAGUGGAAUGCUGGGUGAUGGUGAUGCCAAUGCCAAUGACAUCCGGACAGAAAAUGGCAGGAGGACAGGUGAUACUGGCACCCUGUCAUCAUCUGGGAUGACUGAAACAGCCGAGCAAGACAAAGUCAUCAUGUGGGGUACAGACUCCCAAUGUGACGACCCCGAGUUGGCUGAGUUUGAGAUGCUGGAGAGUCAGGAGCUAGAGGCUUAUGUGGUCGACGAGGAAGAGGACUUUGUUGGCCUUGCAGACCGCAAGGAUCUUCAUGAACAGCCUGCAUCAUACAGCAAAGCCUCAGUAGAACAGGCAACAGACAAUAAGAGAAGGAAAGAGAGGACAUCUCCUGAACAAGAUUCCAGUGCCUCUCUUGUGUCUGAGAGCAAAGAGGCAUCCAGGACUGAGUUAAGCUCAGAAACUGAUGUCUUUGUGUCCUGUCAGUCUACCAUUUCAACCAUGGACACUGCUGGCAGGACCCAGACAACAGACUCAUGGCACGUUGCCUCUGGACCCUACUCAACCAUCUCGGAAGACUUGACUCUGGUUUCUCAGACUUGUAACACUGCCACUGAGAGAGCCAAGGCCUCUGAAAGAGCUGGUCACCCUUCCUCCUCCUCUGGACAAAGCACAACACGCCAGAAAGAUGUGGACGUGAACUUGAAUUCAACAGCUGGCUUGGAAGAUGUGGUAUCACAGGCACAAGUGAACAUUGGAGUUGUUCCAUGUCAUGAUGUCGUUGACAAGCACAGGAACAUCAGUAACCAGAGAAAUAAGGCAUGGAAUAACAUUUUAGAGAAAGACUGUGAUCAAGGGAGAAUUACAGAGCACAAGGGUUUACCUGCUGCAAAAAAAUCCCAUGCAGAAAGCAACACUAAAAUAGAUAAAAGCACACAAGCUGAUGAGGCCCCUGAUGUUAACUGCAGCCUACUCAAAACAGGUACAAAGGGGACUCAGUCAUCAAUUGAAUCCAAAGCCAUAAAGAAACAAGGAUCAUUUGAUAACACACUCAGAAAACAAAACUCGUUUGACAAAACUUUUAAAAAGCAGCCAUCAUUUGAACAUACUUUGAAGAAGCAGCUCUCCUUUGAUAACACCUUAAAAAAGCAGGGCUCUUUUGAGAACACUGUCAACACCAGCUCUUCAAGUCUGGAGAGAAGGAGGCCAUGGGGAAGCCCUAGUCGAUCAGCAACUCCUACAUCCCCUAAAACUACCUCCUGUUCCCCCAAAAGACGACCACCUGGUUCUCCAGCCAAGGUCCAGGGCAUCAGGGCACUGAGUUUGGAGCGAAGCGACUCCCCUCAGAGAGGUUUAAGUCAAACAGUCAAACCACCAGGUAAGACAAGUUUGAGCAGCGGCAUCCCCAAACCUGUUAUGCCUCAGCAAAAAGAGCCUGAACCCAAGAGAUCUUCUCCUCCGCAGAAGCCUAAAAACGUCCGUCCAAAAAUCAUCACCUAUGUUCGAAAGAACCCUCAAGCAAAAUCACAAGUGACAGAUGUCCCACUUGAAGCCUCCACAAUCCCAUCAAGACUAUCUUCUUACUCCAGCCCACCAGCUCACAAAGAUAUAAAGGUUGGUCCUCAACCUAAAUCCACACCGGUGCCAAGUUCCUCCAACCUGCUUUUUGACAAAUAUCGACAGGAGAUGCAGAAAGCAGGGUACUAUCCCUCCGGAAUGGUUGUGACUGGGGCGAAACCUCCAAGCAGCACCGUCCCUCAAAGGUUGGCUGGGGCGUCAGACAAUUUUUACGAGGAUAUUCCUGAGAAAUACCUCCAAGAGCGUGUUUCCCAAGAAGGAGGCGGUGCUUACCGCUCACCCAGGGCUCUGAGGCCUCAGCUGGGGUUAGGAGCAGUCACCAGGCAGCCUGCAGCCAAGGCAAGAGUUCAACAGACAGGUCAAAGGUCAACCACGGCCCAGAGCCAUUCUGCUCAGGUGGUGUCCUCCCAAGGCUACCAGGACCCUGCAGCAGAGCAAAAGAGGUCAGGAGAAAGAGGUCAAGAAACCACCCCCAAGAGCCUCCUGUUCAAACCAGGCCAGUCCGGUCUCCGUCCUCCAGGCUUCUCCACCCUGCCAGCUGCCCGUCUGGCUGCCUUCGGCUUCGUCCGGAGCUCCAGCGUCUCGUCUGUGUCCAGUAACCAGUCUAACGAUAGCAGCCACAGUGAUCCUUGUCGACCCUCUCAACAUCCUGGCAGUGGCAGCGAUGACACACUUCUCCACAAAGCCCCAGUGCCCCCCAGCGAAGCCUCACAUACUCAGAGCCGGUCUCAGCCUCCCAACGCCCCCAGUCUCCAUCGCCGGAGUCUGCCACCGCAGCGCAGCUCCCCGCUCGCCUCGAGGAGAGAGAUGCAGAAAGACAUAGAAGCUGUGAUGCCACCAAAGUACUCUCCAAAACGAUUUGCAGUGGUUUCGCCCAAGCCACAGUCCCUGGCUCGAGGGCAGACGGCAGAAAUUCAUGGAGCUGCCCGGGCUGAAAGGGCCCAGGAGCUGGAUCGGGCUCUGAUCCGGCAGCUGCAGGAACGCUGUGAGCAGCAGGCCCUGCAGCUGCAGAGCCUUCAGACUCAGCUGAAGAAGGCUUCAAUGUGCCUGGAUGUUUUCAGCAUCACUACCCAGCACUUCUGCCACAAGAGUGAGAGUGCCAUUGUGAAGGAGAGGGAGCUGUCCCUGGAGCUCGCCAGGAUCAGGGAUGAAGUGGCUUUCAGUGUCGCACACUGGGAGCAACUGCAGCAGGAGAAGCAGGAACUGGAGCGUCAUUUCGAGGCUGAGCUGCAGGGUUUGCGGGCUCAGCAGCAGAAGGAGCUGGAAGCGCUGGAGGAGCGGCUGAAGGCGGAGCACAUGGCCGAGGCUGAGAACCUCCAGGCCCAGCAGCGAGAGGAGCUGGAGGAGCUGCGAUUCAAACAGCAAGAGCAGAUUGAGGAGAUGAAGAAGAACCACGAGACCUCCUUGAUGGAGAUGGAGAUGACUCACAAUGACACUCUGGCCACUCUGCAGGAGGAGCAUGCCAGGACUGUGAAGAAUCUGAAAAUGGCCCAUGAACAGCAGACAAAGUCUCUGGGAGAAGAGUUUGAAAAGAUCAGACUGUCACUGCAGGAUCAGGUGGACACACUGACGUUUCAGAAUCGCAGCCUCAGGGACCGAGCCAAGCGCUUUGAAGAAGCUCUGCGCAGGAGUACAGAUGAGCAGAUAGUGGAUGCGUUGGCACCAUAUAAACACAUCGAGGAGGACCUGAAGAGUCUGAAAGAAGUUCUGGAGAUGAAAAAUCAACAAAUUCAUCAGCAGGACCUGAAGAUCUCAGAACUGGAGAAAAUACAGGCUGAAAAGAAUGUGUACCUGGAGGAAAGACUGCAAGUGUUACAGCAGCAGAACGAGGACCUGAAGGAAAGAAUAGACAAGAACGUUGCUGUGUCCAGGCAACUCUCUGAGGAGAACGCCAAUCUGCAAGUGCACGUGGAGAAGGAGAGCAAUGAGAAGAAACGGCUGAGUCGCACUAAUGAGGAGCUGCUGUGGCGUCUUCAGACGGGCGACCUGAGCCCUCGCAUGUCCCCCUGCUCCUCCCCCAUCCAUCGACCCUCCUCUGGACCAGGCUCCCCUGCCCGCCCACACUCCUACCAUCAAUGACUCUCUCAAAGGAAGCUUGUGUAUCAAACGCUUUUUUGUAUCUGGCAAGCCCUCAUUUUUUUAACUCUUUGUUGAAUGUUCCUCUUAGUUUAAAGGGUAGGAUUUUACACUUUUUAGAUGGACAGACCCAAAUAAGUUUGUUUCUUGAGCGAUGCCGCUCAUCCAUGUGAUGCGUCUCCAAAGAGCAUCCGCAGGAAUUUUAAUCUUUGACCUAACGAAUUGUAUUAAUGAUCGCGCUUCUUCUUAUUGUUCAAAAGGGAAUUCUCUGCCCUCCUGUUUUUCUGUUUCACCUGAACGCCGCACGGUGGAUGAAAGACCUGGUCGCUCUAGACCUCAGAGAGCAGGAUCGUAGUCACAGUGCCUCAUUUACGUGUUUUCGCCUCCGUCAACGUCAUCACCUUCUCAUCCAGCGCUCAGGACGAUGCAACAUCGCAAGCAUCAAAAGUGCAACAACAAACACACAAGAAGCGCCUUUGCUGUCCAUUUUCUCCCACCAGCAGUGUUUAUCAAGGCACAGGCCAUACUUUGAACCUACCUACAGCAAGUUAAUCUCAAAGUGUGGAUUCUUCUCGUGCUGAAAUAUUUCAUUAAUCAGGAGUGUAUGAAUGACUUGUCUAACCUCAACCAUCCAUCCUUCUUUCUCUUUAAACAACUUGAUAUCAGCAUUGACCCGAAGUGUGUAAGAUAACAACAGCAUAACAACUCAUAAAUCCAUUGAACUGCCAACACAGUGUAAUUAUGAUUCUUUGUAAAAACUGUACAUGUAUUGCUCUCUUUAAAGCAUGUUCUGUCUUCCAGUUAAAAUGCAUUUUACUUUAGGAUUACCUACAGUGUGAUGAAGUGGAGCAGGAUUUAGUCAAAUGAAAGGAAGAAAUGAAUCAUUUUAUGAUAGAUUUAUAGAUGAAUCUCACAAUUUUUAUGUGAGAUGGUGCCCUCACCUUCAGUUGGGUGAAGAAAAUGCAAGAAUUUCCCUCAAAACAGAAUCACAGGAUCUGUAGGAACCACCAAAGAGGCAAUCAUGAAACAUCUUGUACUGUAGUGGUCAUACGUCUGUACUGAAGUGCUGCAGAAUCUGCCAUAAAUGGUGCAGACGGUGCCAUUCUCGUCUACAUGCAUUGACCUGAAUCCAUGUAAAUCUCUUUUUGUUGCAUCCUUACAGUUCAACACUUUCACAUUCACGUUAAGUGGACCUCAUCAGUGCUCUUGCAGGUGACUCAAAAUGAUUUCUCCAUUGCUGAUUGUGCAUUUGAAACUCACCACAGAAAACCUCAAGAGGAAGUGUGAUGGUAAAACACUAAUAUGGCUUCCAGACAUUCAGCCGCCACAUGCAGCUCUAAUUGAUUCUUGGUAAAAAUUGCUGUCCAAACUUUGUUUUGAAUUUCAAAGAAAAGAGAAUCUUGAAAAUCUGCAAGCUGUUACCUCAUUUCUCAGCGUAGAGAAAAAUCUCAGGUCUUGAAGAGAAUUAUGAGUCACUGAAAGGAAGCAGCUAGCAUAAUGUUUUCUAUAUUAAUUGCACUUUUUUUUUUCUAUAUACGUAUGCUCAUGUUUACAUAACCACUCAGCUCAACUAUCUGUUUUGCAAAAUCUCCUUUGUGUAAAAUCAGUUGGAUGUAC